GGUCACUGUCUGCGGCAGCCUGGCACCCGGAGGAGCGAAUUGUGCAGAGACAAGGCGCGAUCUGCCCCAGCCAUGGACCGGAAGGUGGCCCGAGAAUUCCGGCACAAGGUGGAUUUUCUGAUUGAAAAUGACGCCGAGAAGGACUAUCUCUAUGACGUGCUGCGGAUGUAUCACCAGACCAUGGAUGUGGCUGUGCUUGUGGGAGACCUGAAGCUGGUCAUCAAUGAGCCCAGCCGCCUGCCGCUGUUUGACGCCAUCAGACCCCUGAUCCCGCUGAAGCACCAGGUGGAGUACGACCAGCUGACCCCCCGGCGCUCCAGGAAGCUGAAAGAGGUGCGUCUGGACCGUCUGCACCCCGAAGGCCUGGGCCUCAGCGUGCGUGGCGGCCUCGAGUUCGGCUGUGGGCUCUUCAUCUCCCACCUCAUCAAAGGUGGCCAGGCAGACAGCGUCGGGCUGCAGGUAGGGGACGAGAUCGUCCGGAUCAAUGGGUACUCCAUCUCCUCCUGCACCCAUGAGGAGGUCAUCAACCUCAUCCGCACCAAGAAGACUGUGUCCAUCAAAGUGAGACACAUCGGCCUGAUCCCCGUGAAGAGCUCUCCUGACGAGCCCCUCAAAUGGCAGUAUGUGGAUCAGUUUGUGUCAGGAUCUGAGGGCGGGCGGAACAUUCUGGGCUCCCUAGGGAAUCGAGAAAACAGGGAGAAGAAGGUCUUCAUCAGCCUGGUGGGCUCCCGGGGCCUUGGCUGCAGCAUUUCCAGCGGCCCCACCCAGAAACCAGGCAUCUUCAUCAGUAACGUGAAGCCUGGCUCCCUGUCUGCCGAGGUGGGGUUGGAGGCAGGGGACCAGAUUGUCGAAGUCAACGGCAUCGACUUCUCCAACCUGGACCACAAGGAGGCCGUGAACGUGCUGAAGAGUAGCCGCAGCCUGACCAUCUCCAUCGUAGCUGGAGCUGGCCGGGAGCUGUUCAUGACGGAUCGGGAGCGGCUGGAAGAGGUGAGGCAGCGCGAGCUGCAGCGGCAGGAGCUCCUCAUGCAGAAGCGGCUGGCAAUGGAGUCCAACAAGAUCCUGCAAGAGCAGCGGGAGAUGGAGCAGCAAAGGAAAAAGGAAAUUGCCCAGAAGGCAGCAGAGGAAAACGAGAGAUACCGGAAGGAGAUGGAACAGAUCGUGGAGGAGGAAGAGAAGUUCCAGAAGCAGUGGGAAGAAGACUGGGGCUCCAGGGAACAGCUGCUCUCGUCUAAGACCAUCAGCGCCGAGAUGCACCCCGUGCCCCUUCGCAAGCCAAAGUCCUUUGGGUGGUUUUAUCGUUACGAUGGCAAGUUCCCAUCCAUCCGGAAGAAAGGAAAGGAUAAGAAAGCCAAGUAUGACAGCCUGCAGGAGUUGAGAAAGAAUAAGAAGGAACUGGAGUUUGAGCAAAAGCUUUACAAAGAAAAAGAGGAAAUGCUGGAAAAGGAAAAGCAACUGAAGAUCAACCGGCUGGCCCAGGAGGUGUCCGAGACGGAGCGGGAAGACCUGGAGGAAUCGGAGAAGAUUCAGUAUUGGGUGGAAAGGCUCUGUCAGACUCGCCUUGAGCAGAUUUCCUCUGCUGAUAAUGAGAUUUCGGAGAUGACCACGGGGCCCCCGCCUUCCAUGUCUCCCCUGGCCCCACCCCUGAGACGCUUCGCUGGCGGGCUGCACCUCCACACCACUGACCUGGAUGACAUCUCUUUGGACAUGUUCUACUACCCCCCCAAGAUUCCCUCUGCCUUACCUGUGAUGCCCCAUCCUCCACCCUCCAACCCACCCUCCAAGGUCCCCGCAACCCCUGUCCUUCCGUCAUCAGGCCGUGUGAGUGCCUCAUCCUCACCCUGGGUGCAGCACACCCCACCCCCGAUCCCCAUCCCUCCCCCACCAUCUAUUCCCACCCAAGACCUCGCUCCUACCCGCCCACUGCCCUCUGCCCUGGAAGAGGCACUGGGCAACCACACGUUCCGCGCUGGGGACACAGGCAAUCCUACAGAGGACUGGGAGGCAAAGAACCACAGCGGGAAGCCCGCCAAUUCCCCUAUCCCUGAACGGAGCUUCCCACCCACCCCAAAGACAUUCUGCCCAAGUCCACAGCCUCCACGAGGCCCUGGCGUGUCCACCAUCUCCAAGCCUGUCAUGGUCCACCAGGAGUCCAACUUCAUCUAUAGGCCAGCGGUGAAAUCCGAGGUCCUGCCACAGGAGAUGUUGAAGAGGAUGGUGGUUUAUCAGACAGCGUUCAGACAAGAUUUCCGGAAAUAUGAAGAAGGCUUUGACCCCUACUCCAUGUUCACCCCAGAGCAGAUCAUAGGGAAGGAUAUCCGGCUCCUGCGCAUUAAGAAGGAGGGAUCCUUAGACCUGGCCUUGGAAGGUGGUGUGGACUCCCCGAUCGGCAAGGUGGUCGUCUCGGCUGUUUACGAGGGGGGAGCUGCUGAGCGGCAUGGCGGUCUUGUGAAAGGAGACGAGGUCAUGGCAAUCAAUGGCAAAAUCGUGACGGACUACACCCUGGCUGAGGCUGAGGCUGCCCUGCAGAAGGCCUGGAAUCAGGGGGGGGACUGGAUCGACCUUGUUGUUGCUGUCUGUCCCCCGAAGGAGUAUGAUGACGAGCUCUCUUCUCUUCCCUCCUCUGCAGCCGAAAGCCCCCAGCCGGUCCGAAAGCUCCUUGAAGACCGUGCUCCCGUGGUUAGACACGGGUUCUUCCUGCAGCUGGAGCCUGGCAGCCCCCCACGGUGAAUAGGCAGGCGGGCUGCAGGGCCCCGUCUGUCCAUGCUGCGUGUCGUGGCCGUCUGCUGCCCAUGCCGUCGGCAGGUUCUUUGGACUGGUGUCUGGAGGGGCCCACGAGGCGCCAUUCCUGAAGUGCCACUCAGGCCUGCUCUUGGCCACACUGGGUUUCUGUUGGACUCAAAGGCUCUCUCAUUCAGGGGAGCUGAGCAGAGCCUGCUUUGUAGCAGGCUGGGUCCUGGGCAUCCUGACUCACCACAGCCCUUGGGACCUGCCACAGGUCCCACACAGCACCCCAGUGAGCAGGAUGGAGCGGUGAGCACCAUCCUCUGCUGGGCACAGACAGUGCUUCAACCCGGGCACCACGGGCUUGGAGACCCCAAAGCAAGUGCAGCCUGGAGUUCCCCUUCCUUGGGGUGCCACCUUCUGGGAGCCCUGCUCCACUUCGCCCCAUGCUUGGGCAGGGCCAGGGCGAUUAAGAAGCAAUGAAGGCUGGUCCAAAGAACCAGGGUUGGCCUAUUGGGGUUGUUCAUGUUGUGACUGUAGUGGCCUGAGCCUGGCUCAGACCAAACUGUUCUCUGUGCCUUCUCUCUCCCGUGGCUCUGGAUUCUUAUCUGAGGGACACUGCGGAGCCCACCUGUGGGAUGUGUUUUCCACCCUGUGACAGGGCUGUGCCCAUGGGCAGAGCUGGCAGGUGGCUGUGAAACUGGUGUUUGGUGUGGUCUAAAGCCCACAGCUAGCAGCAUUUAGGGCAGACGCAAGCCUGGACUUAUGUCUUUUCUGUCACAAGUUCCUCAAAACAUAAGGGCCUCAUGCUCCCAAGACCACUGGCCGGCUCUGCUGUGGUUUCGGGGAUGGCCUCAGUGGCCCUAUGUUUUCUGUCGCGUGUCCUCUGCUCUUUGUGAGGGACCCCAGCCCCUCUGCCUUCCGGCCCCCUCCUACCUCAUCCCAGGUGUCCCUUCUGCUUCCUCCCUGGCCUCCUGUGUGCUGUGGCUAUGACUGGUGUGUAGCUGCUGGGGGCCUGCACCAAGAGGGGCUGCCAGAGGUUGGCAGGGCCGUGCACCCCUGGGGAGUUCUGCCUGUUGUCAGGCCCUUCCCUGGGCUGAGUGUGCACCCACAAGGCCUGCACCCUCCUGGUCUGUUUCAUCUUC